AAUAGCCAAUUUUGAUUUCAUCGCUUGGAAACAAUGAACAGUAUACGUAAAGAGUCGUGACGAAUUCGGGAUGUUUAUUCUAAGCGUUUUAAUAUUGGGAUUUGGCUUGUAAGAUAAAUGUCAGUCUCAUAAAAAGAAAGUAAACGAUGGAGGAUGUUUAGCUCUAAUUAGAGUUAUGAUUUCAAAAUGGCGAAGCAAGGUAAGAAAAUUAAAAACCUCUCAUUUUCAACGGAUCGAAGUGUACUCUGCAUUGAAAGUAGGGAUUCAAGUAAUCAUAUAGAAGUUUCAGAUGAAAUUUUUACAGCGGAAGAGGCCAUAAAUGGAUCAGGUUAUUUAGGAGUUUUUCAAGCUAAAUUGAUAGUGUUUACGGGUUUCAUAUGGAUGGCUAGAGGUGUUGAUGAAGUCCUUGUAAGUUUUAUUGGACCUUUACUUUCAUGCGAUUGGAAAUUGGAAAGAUGGCAGGCUGCUGUUAUAGUGACGGGUUCACAGUUGUCAUCAGCUCUUGGAUGCAUUUUAUACGGCAUCUGGUCCGACAGAUACGGUAGGCGAGCUGCACUGUCAUCGACUCUGAUAUUCUUCUUUGUAUUUGGAGCUGUGUCUUCAGGUUUGCCAAGCUACACGUGGUACGUCAUAUUCCGAAUGGUGUGUGCGUUUGCUGCAGGAGGUCUUCCACAGGCGCUGGUGCUUGUAAGUGAAUUUACUCCAGGUGGUAAGAGAGGUCGGGCUGUAUUUAUUCUGUCUGUGUUCUGGGCAGUCGGAAUAAUCGGUAUGAUAGCUUUGUUGUAUUCGGCCUCGGAACCACCCCAGAACUGGAGGACAUUUGUUGCUAUUUCUUCUUUACCAGCUUGCAUAACAAUGCUCUUGAUGAAAUUUUUUCCAGAGAGUAUACGAUAUCUGCUUAUAAGUAAUCAAGACACAGCUGCCAAUGUGAUUAUGGAAGAGAUGGUGGAAGAAAACAAACAGAAUCUGCCUAAUGGAGUGCUGGAGUCAGCCAUUGAUUGGAAAAAAAGAGGACGAUUUGGUUACCUUUUCCGCAGAAGCUUGUUAAAAUCUACAUUGUUAUUUUGUUUCAUUGGUUUGGGUACUGCUGUAUCGUAUUCAGGACUGAUUAUAAUGUCUCCUGCUAUCAUGAAUGAAGAAAUUGAACAAUUGAAUAUAACAAAUUCUGAGAGAAACUUUCUGGGCAAUGUUCAUACAGUUGUGGAAUGUUUACCAAAUGUAACAAGUACAGAAUUUAUUGAGAUAAUGUGGACAAGUGCUUUGGAUUUUCCGGGAAUUUUCGUCUACAUGAUCUUGGUGGAUGUCAUUAAUAGGAAAAUUUUCUUGGGGGUUUCAAGUGCAAUUUGUUCUCUAUUUAUAUUUCUUCAGUAUAUUCCAACACCUGACAUUCUAGUGAAGACGGCUUUUCUCUACUGUUCCAGAGCUUUACUCAUACCACAGUUUGAUUUGAUUCUUCUUAUGUCAUCAGAGGCUUACCCUACAACACAUCGAGGAUGCAUUGUUGGAUUAUGUGUAUCGACAUUUUACAUAGGAUUUUUCUUAAGUCCAUACAUUUAUCAGGCCAUAGGAAGGCAAGAAUGCUUACUUGGAUUUUACGGGUGUAUAACUCUCUUGUGUGGCAUUGCGGGAGCGUUUCUACCUUUAGAAACUAGAGGUUUGGAAUUAAUGGAAAUACCGAAAGAAAAAUAGGGAGCGAAUUUUCGAGAAGAUGAUAUCAUAAAAAAAUGACAUGAAAGAAAAUGGCAAUAUUAUAAAAAAAUUGUACAAAUAAACAUCUUUU